AGUUCUUUAAACAUAACUAAUGUUCUGUCUCAUUGUUCGCUGUGAAGGACCUGAUGGUUGGGCAACGGUUGCUGGAGCAUGUGGCGGAAGAGCCCAGUCUCCAAUUAAUAUUAUGACGAGAAGAACUCUACCAGAUGGACGCCUUACACCAUUUACAUUCACUGGGUACCAAGAGGCCUUCCACAGUAUCAUCACAAACAAUGGUCACACUGGUAAGUUUCUAUAUAGACGCUGCAUUACAUUUACAGUACAAUGUCCCCCUGCUAAUGAUACAGUAUAUCAGCAUGGUGUAUUGUAGUUGUAUUGAACACGAAUAGCAAGGCCUAUUCACCCUUUCAAUGCCUUGAUAUUUCACAGAUCUGAUCUAAACUCAAAGCUUCAUAACAUAGACUGAACAAUACAAUAGUACGGUACAUGUAAGGUCCAAGGACUCCACAUAUCUGCUCUUACAUGGACUAAAGCGUUCAUCUUUCUGCAGUUCAAGUGGACCUGCCUUCCACAGCGAAGGUUCAGGGUGGAGAUCUGGCGGUGCCAUAUAAGGCAGUACAACUCCACCUGCACUGGGGCAAGGAUGGAGGCCCUGGAUCAGAACAUACCAUAGAUGGAGAACAAUAUCCCAUGGAGGUUUGAUGACCAAAAGAAAGGAAACAUUCACAGUACAUUUUCAUACUCUUGAUUUGUGUUUAUCGCAUUGUUUUUUACGGUCAUUUGGGUACAGUAUGUCUACAGUAAUUAUACAGCAAUCACAUUUACAUACACCAUGAGUAUUCACAUUUCAUGUAUUUGUCCUCAGCUGCAUAUUGUUAAUAUAAAAGAGGAAUACAACUCUUUGGCGGAAGCUCUGAAAGACCCUGCAGGGGUUGGAGUUCUUGGAUUCUUUUAUGAGGUAUUUUUCAUCUUAAUUCUGUUAACUGAUUAUUAUGAGAUUAUCCGUGAGAUGUACAACUGUGCGAAUUUUAUUUGGGUUGUUAGGACAUAUAAUUGAUGAUACUUAUCGUAUAUUUUCAGGAAUCAGGAAGCUCCAACAAGAAAUAUGACGCCAUUGUAAAUGCUCUGAACACUAUUAAACAUCCCAGUAAGUUAUAUAAUCCUAUAAACAACAGCCAUUGUUAUGUAGCAUUUUAAAGGAUAGAUCCAGGUAGACAACACUCCAGGAUCGGGAUCAUAAAGGGAUAGGCCUAUGUGAAAGUGCCCAUAGUACAACUGCCAUGUUUGAAAGGUUUCAAAACUUUUAUUGUCACAUGUACAAGAUACAGCAGCUGUAAAACAGUACAGUGAAAUAUUAACUUGCAAGCUCUUUCCCAACAAUGCAAAAUAAAGGUAAUAUACAGUGCCUUCAGAAAGUAUUCACACCCCUUAACUUUUUCCAAAUUUUGUUGUGUUACAGCCUGAAUUUAAAAUGGAUUACAUUGAGAUUGUUUGUCACUGGCCUACACACGAUACCCCAUAAUGUCAAAGUGGAAUUAUGUUUUUAGAAAUGUGUACAAAUUAAUUAAAAAUGAAAAGCUUGUGUCAAUAAGUAUUCAACCCCUUUGUUAUGGCAAGCCUAAAUACGUUCAGGAGUAAUAAUUUGCUUAACAAGUCACAUAAUAAAUUGCAUGGACUCACUCUGUGUGCAAUAAUGAUAGACUACCUCGUCUCUGCACCCCACACAGUCGAGCAGUGAAUUUCAAACACAGAUUCAACCACAAAGACCAGGGAGGUUUUCCAAUGCCUCACAAAGAAUGGCACCUAUUGGUAGAUGUUUUUUUUUUUAAAAAGCAGACAUUGAAUAUCCCUUUGAGCAUGGUGAAGUUAUUAAUUACACUUUGGAUGGUGUAUCAAUACACCCAGUCACUAUAAAGAUACAGGCAUCCUUCCUUACUCAGUUGCCCAAGAGGAAGGAAACAGGGAUUUCACCAUUAGGCCAAUGGUGACUUUAAAACAGUUACAGAGUUUAAUGGAUCAACAACAUUGUAGUUAAUCCACAAUAUUAACCUAAUUGACAGAGUGAAUUGAAGGAAGCCUGUAGAGAAUAACAAUAUUCCAAAACAUGCAGCCUGUUUGCAACAAAAGCAUUAAAGUAAUACUGGAAAACAUUUGGCAAAGCAAUUCAGUUUUUGUCCAGAAUACAAAGUGUUAUGUUUGGCGAAAAUCCAAUACAUUACUGAGUAUCCCUCUCCAUAUUUUCAAGCAUAGUGAUGGCUGCAUCAUGUUAUGCGUAUGCUUUUAAUCGUUAAGGAUUUAGGAGUUUUUCAGGAUAAGAAAUAAACGGAAUGGAGCUAAGCACAGGGAAAAUCGUUGAGGAAAAUCUGGUUCAGUCUGCUUUCCACCAAACACUGGGAGAUUAAUUCAUCUUUCAGCAGGACAAUAACCUAAAACACAAGGCCAAAUCUACACUGGAGUUGCUUACCAAGAAGACAGUGAAUGUUCCUGAGUGGCCGAGUUACAGUUUUGACUUAAAUCUACUUGAAAAUCUAUGGCAAGACCUGAAAAUGGUUAUCUAGCAAUGAUCAACAACCAAUUUGACGUGGCUUGAAGAAUUUUGAAAUAAUAAUGGGCAAAUGUUGCACAAUCCGUUUGUUGAAAGCUCUUAGAGACUUACCCAGAAAGACUCACAGUUGUAAUCGCUGCCAAAGGUACUUCUACUAAGUAUUGGCUCAGGGGUUGUGAAUACUAUUUCAUUUUCAAUAAUGUACAAACAUUUCUAAAAACAUGUUUUCACUCUCAUUAUGGGGUAUUGUGUGUAAAAAAAAGAAGAAAAAAGUCAAGGGGUAUGAAUACUUUCUGAUGGCACUGUAGAUGAGAAGAAAAACAAAAAAAAGAGAAAGACGAGAAUGCAGUUAUAUACAGGUGCCAGUAGCAUUAAUACAAUGUGCAGGGGUACUGGAGUGAUUGAGGUAGGUAUGUACUUGUAAACAGGGGUAAAAGUGACUAGUAGCAGGAUAAAUAGCAAUGGUAAUAAUAAUUAUAAUAAUCAAUAUAGCAGCAGCGAACAGUAAUAGUAAUCACUAUGGCAGCUAUGUGGUGUGUGCAUGGUGAUGAGUGGGUGUGUGAGUGUCCAGAUGUAGGAUCUUAAUUGGAGCCAGUUUACUACAGUAGGAAAAUAAUCCUGCAGCAACAGGAAAUGUGAAUUAUUAUGUGGAUUAUAAUUAAUGGACAUUUUUGUAGGGGUUGAUACAUUUUUUGUAAGGGAAAAUUGUUAAGCUAUGGUUCAACCCAGCACUAAGAGAAACAAACACGACUAAGGGAGUGGAGGAAACACAAAUUAUUUUAAUAAAAGUUAAAUUUGUCUUAGUCCAAAAACAACUGAAGAAAAGGAACAGAGUGGGCUAGUCAGCUCCGGAGGAAGGAGAGGCUGAGGCAGGCAGGCAGGCAGGUUGGGAGGUAUGUCUGAACUGAAGACAAAACAAACGACAGGUUAAGGAGAGUAAAGAGCCAGGCUGAAGACAAAGACAAUUAAACUCUACUGGUGAGCCAAGUUACCGCUCUAGUAAGAACAACGAUCUGGCGCCGGUGGAGAGCCAUGCCCAUGAAUUAGUAGUGCAGGUUGAUGAGAGAAUAGGAUGCAGCUGCGUAGGCAGGAAUCACUGGAAACAACCCGCAGCUGCACAGAAGAGGCAGAUCCUGAGCACGCCCCCCGAUCCACUCCAGACACACCCACAUAAUGGGGACAAACACACAUACAGAUACAACAGACAAAGAGGGGACAAAACAAGGAAGAAGGGAAACAGAAAAGGGAGAGACAAGCUGCCCACAUAACAGUACCCCCCCCCCUCAAUGGUCGCCACCUGGCGACCCACCAGGCCUGUCAGGGUUGUCGUGAUGGAAGUCCGUGAUCAGCUAAGGAUCCAACACAAAACGCUUAGGGACCCAAGACCUCUCCUCUGGUCCAUAACCUUCCCAAUCGACUAGGUAUUGGAGACCCCUACCCCGCCUCCGAGAGUCCAGGAGCCUACUGACGGUGUAGGCCGGAUGGUCGUCAAUGAGGCGAACAGGUGGAGGUGGAUCUGCCGGCGGACACAAAAGGCUGGAGGACACAGGUUUCAGUUGGGAGACGUGGAAAGUAGGGUGUAUCUUCAUGGCUGAAGGCAACUUCAAACGAACCGCAGCGGGGUUAACGAUGGACUCCACCACAAACGGACCCAGGUACCGAGGAGACAGCUUGCGUGAUUUGGUACGAAGAGGUACGUUCUUAGAUGACAGCCAAACUUCUUGACCAGGAUGAAACACAGGUGCGGGAGUCCUGCUCCUAUCCGCUGUCGUCUUGUUCCUGUCAGUGGUCCGAAGCAACGCUUCCCGAGCGUCGCUCCACACUCUCUGGCAGCGGCGGAGGUUCUCCUGAACCGAAGGAACAGCCAAUUCCUUCUCCUGAGCAGGAAACAGAGGGGGUUGAUAACCCAUGGUUACUUCGAAGGGUGAAAGGCCGGUGGCAGAGGUGGUGAGGGAGUUGUGGGCGUACUCUAUCCAAGGCAGAUGUUUGGCCCAGGAUGAUGGAUGUUGAGCAGCCACACAACGAAGGGUUGCUUCGAGGUUUUGAUUGGCUCUUUCUGUUUGACCGUUGGUCUGGGGAUGAAACCCUGAGGACAGACUAACGGAAGCACCCAAAGCAGAACAGAACACCUUCCAAACACGGGAAGUAAACUGUGGGCCUCUAUCAGAUACGAUGUCCACAGGUAUUCCAUGGGGACGGAAUACAUGUUGGACUAGGAGGUCCGCUGUCUCACUGGCAGACGGUAAUUUUGGUAAUGCUAUAUAGUGAACAGAUUUAGAGAAUCUGUCCACAAUGGUAAGUAUAGUAUCAUUACCUUCAGACUUGGGUAGGCCGGUGACAAAAUCCAUGGCUAUGUGGGACCAGGGACGGCUGGGAACUGGGAGGGGUAGCAGCAGCCCCGAAGGGGACUGAUGGGAGGCUUUGCCCCGAGCACAGGUUGAACAGGCUGCCACAAAAGCCCGAACGUCAGUUUCCAUUGAAGGCCACCAAAAAUGUCUCCUAAGCAGCGUCAACGUGCGUCUCAUCCCAGGGUGACCAGCAAAACGGGAGGUGUGAAUCCACUGCAACACCUGAGACCGGACCGUCUCGGGAACAAAGAGUAGGUUGGGAGGUCCAUCACCCGGUCCCGGGUCCGUGGCAAGUGCAGUCUUCACAAGAGACUCGAUCUCCCACUGUACUGCCGCCACAACGCAUGAGGAAGGUAGGACUGCCUCAGGCUCGCUGGUCUCCGAAGGGUCAGCAAACUGGCGGGACAAAGCAUCUGGUUUAACAUUUCUUGACCCCGGUCUGUAUGUAAGAAUAAAGUUAAACCUACUAAAAAACAGGGCCCAUCUGGCUUGGCGUGAGUUGAGUCUCUUAGUGGCUUGGAUGUAAGCCAAGUUUUUGUGGUCUGUCCAGACCACAAACGGCAGUUCAGCUCCAUCCAGCCAGUGCCGCCAUUCUUCCAGUGCUAGCUUGACCGCCAGCAGUUCCCGGUUUCCAACGUCGUAAUUCCGUUCUGUGGGUGACAAUUUCUUGGAGAAAAAAGCACAGGGGUGAAGCCUUUGGUCAGUGGGGGAGCGCUGGGAGAGGACUGCUCCCACACCUGAGUCAGACGCGUCCACCUCCACAAUAAACUGCAGAGAGGUAUUGGGGUGUAUCAACACGGGGGAGGUGGAAAACAGUUCCUUCAAAACCCCUACCGCCUGCUCCGCCUCAGGGGACCACAGAAAAGGGACCUUAGGGGAUGUGAGUCUAGUAAGGGGUGCCACCACUUUACUAAAACCCUUAAUGAAUCUUCGGUAGAAGUUAGCAAAGCCCAAAAAUCGUUGAAGUUGCUUACGGGUGGUGGGUGUGGGCCAUUCCGUCACUGCCCGGAUCUUCUCGGGGUCCGCCUUCACCUGCCCGCUCUCAAUGAUGAAACCAAGGAACGAUGUAGACUGUUUGUGGAACUCACACUUUUCUGCUUUGACGUACAGCUUAUUCUCCAAGAGCCGUUGAAGGACGUGUGACUCAUGCUCCUCGGGUGACUUGGAAAAAACAAGAAUAUCAUCCAGGUAUACAAAGACAAAACGGUUCAAAAAAUCCCUAAGAACAUCGUUCACCAUGGCUUGGAAUACAGCAGGGGCGUUUGAGAGCCCAAAGGGCAUGACCAAAUACUCAAAAUGCCCCAGUGGAGUGUUGAAAGCGGUUUUCCACUCAUCUCCCUUUCGGAUUCUGACAAGGUGAUAAGCGUUCCUGAGGUCGAGCUUGGAGAAAACUGUGGCGCCAUGCAGAGGUUCAAAAGCUGAGUUGAUGAGUGGAAGGGGAUACUUGUUUUUAACAGUUAUGUUGUUUAAACCCCUGAAAUCGAUACAGGGGCGUAACGACUUGUCUUUCUUUUCAACGAAAAAGAAACCUGCACCCAAAGGAGACGACAAGGGACGGAAAAUGCCCGAGGCCAGAGAAUCAACAAUAUACUGCUCCAUUGCCUCUCUCCGGUCGGGACAGAUUGUAUAAGCGACUAGAGGGCAAGGGAGCACCAGGAAGCAGUUCAAUAGGGCAAUCAUAAGGCAUAUGUGGUGGUAGAGACAGAGCCUUGUCCUUACUGAAAACCUCCGCUAAGUCAUGGUAUUCUUUGGGAACAGAUGACAGAUCGAGAGGAGCUGAGGGAUGAGUUGGGUUACACUUAGUGGGGGGAACCGCUGACCUAAGGCACUCUGAAUGGCAGUUAGUGCUCCAACUGAGAAUGGUGUGACGUGUCCAAUCAAUUUGUGGGUUGUGAAGAGCCAACCAGGGGAAGCCAAGGAUUAGGGAGGUAGCUGAGCCAGACAUAACUCUUAACUGAAUGCUUUCACAAUGAUUGCCAGAAAUCACUAGGGAAACGGGGGUGGUUUGAUGAGUUAUCUCCGCGAGGAGGCGCCCAUCAAGGGCUGUGACCCGAAUGGGGGUAGGUAGUGGCUCCAUGGGGAUACGAGCUUGUGUAACGAACUGGUGGCUAAUAAAGUUGUCUUCUGCACCUGAGUCUAUGAGAGCUGAGAGUGGCAGGGAAUGACUCUGGAAACGUAAGGUUACAGGUACUUGUAAUCGGGGAAUGAUGGGUUCAGGAUCUAACUCUGGGCUCGCAAGUAGACCCACCGUUACGAGCGAGCCUUGUCUUUUGGUCGCUUAGGGCAUGUAGCCAGAAUGUGUGUGGCGUCUCCACAGUACAGGCACUCACCCGCCUGGAGGCGCCGUUGCCGCUCUGCUGGAGGUAGUCGAGCUCGACCCACUUGCAUUGGUUCCUCCUCCGUGCUCGGGAUGGGAUCAGGAACAAGAAGCUGCCGGCUCCGGGGAGGCGAGACUCGAGUGGUUGAAGGCUGGGGAACUCGUCCUCCUAGAUGUGGCCGACCGCCUCUCUCCCGACGCCUCUCCCGCAACCGGUUGUCUAGCUUAAUAGACAGGGAAACAAGAGAAUGUAAAUCAUGUGGCUCGUCACGAGCAGCCAGUUCAUCCUUAAUGGCUUCAUUCAAACCGUUUAGAAAUGCUCCUUGAAGUGCCACAUUGUUCCACUUGGAGUCCGCUGCCAAAGUCCAGAACUCAAUAGAGUACUCAGCCACACUGUUAGAACCCUGCCUCAAAUUAAAAAGUAUCUUGGAGGAAUUACCCACAUGGUCAGGAUGGUCAAAAACAGUCUUCAAUUUAGCAGAAAAAUCAGCAAAAGUCAAUCCAGUCAAAGUUUGAUUUGAGCACACAGCCUCAGCCCAAACCAGAGCUCUCCCUCUUAACAGCCCCAGAACAUAAUGUACCUUAGAGGAAUCAGUAGAACACGUUUGCCCCAGUAGAACACGUUUGCCCCGUGCUGUUUCUCUGUUGGGUCCAUGGCCAGAUCGUUCUGUUAAGCUAUGGUUCAACCCAGCACUCAGAGAAACAAACACGACUAAGGGAGUGGAGGAAACAAAAAUUAUUUUAAUAAAAGUUCAAUUUGUCUUAGUCCAAAAACAACUGAAGAAAAGGAACAGAGUGGGCUAGUCGGCUCCGGAGGAAGGAGAGGCUGAGGCAGGAAGGCAGGCAGGCAGGCCGGCAGGCAGGCAGGUUGGGAGGUAUGUCUGAACUGAAGACAAAACAAACGACAGGUUAAGGAGAGUAAAGAGCCAGGCUGAAGACAAAGACAAUUAAACUCUACUGGUGAGCCAAGUUACCGCUCUAGUAAGAACAACGAUCUGGCGCCGGUGGAGAGCCAUGCCCAUGAAUUAGUAGUGCAGGUUGAUGAGAGAAUAGGAUGCAGCUGCGUAGGCAGGAAUCACUGGAAACAACUCGCAGCUGCACAGGAGAGGCAGAUCCUGAGCACGCCCCCCGAUCCACUCCAGACACACCCACAUAAUGGGGACAAACACACAUACAGAUACAACAGACAAAGAGGGGACAAAACAAGGAAGAAGGGAAACAGAAAAGGGAGAGACAAGCUGCCCACAUAACAAAAAUAAAGUCUGAAAUUUCAAAGUGGAAAUGUGAGAGUUUCCUUUGGCGAGGGCGGAGACCAAUUUCUAACAUGUAUGGACCACUGAGGUAUAAAAUAACCAAUAACUUAAUCACGCAGCUGACCAAUUUACGCAAUAUUUUAGUUCUGGGUUAACCGAGAUUACACUGCUCGAAGAAGUGACUGGCUGCAAUCAUUAUUUUACUCAGCAUAAAGUAUGUCUGAAGUUACAUAUCACACAAUUACAACAGUGUGUCUGUUUUGGAAUAAAAUUGUCAAUAUAUUCUCUUAAACAUCCACUGUAUUGUGUGCUUAUUGUUCAACCAUUGAUAUGUUCUAGUGGCCAUUUUGAGACCUUAAGGAGCAUCAGGUAACAGAAACGAAAACCGAAAAAUAACAAAAUGUUCAGAGGAACGGAAACAGAACCAGGAACGAAAGUGAUCUUUAGUGUUCCGGAACAGAACCGUUUAUUUCAAAUCUUGAGAACCAGUUAAUAACGUUCUUUUUAGUUCCAAAAAUAUUCCUAAUGUCUAGUAUAUAAUUCUGUAAUUUUGUGAAGUUAUAAUGCUAGUAUAGCGUAAACAUGUUCCAAUUCACGUCAUGUCAUGAUGUUCAGCGCUUCAAGCCAAGCAGCAUUUGGCUCUCCCCCCAUCUGUGAAAUUUCAGUCGCAUCUUGCGCCUGCACUUAUCUGACCAAUCAAACAUGUAAACAACUCUUACCUGUUCCACAGCAAGCUGCUCUAGUAAAUUAAUUAGCUAAAUCUAAAAAUGAUGUUGAUUUCACAGUUUAAAAAAGGAACGAAAAGGAACUAUAUGAACCGUUCCUUUUUUUUGGUUCGAACCGCUUCAGAACUUUAUUUUCUGGUCAGAACACUGGAACUCAAAACAUUUAUAAAGUAUUUUUAAGGUAUAAGUAUCCCACACUUUAGAUGAGUCCACACAAAAAUACUUAACUAAUGACUAGUAAAUGGUUUAUAAGGACCUACUGUAUAUUAAACAUCUUAGAAAUUAUCUUCUGAAUCAUUAUUAAAUAGGUUACGAACAUUUACAAAUGUGGGAGUAAUGAUGAAUAAAUGAUGAAUAAACUAUUUACUAAUCCAUUACAAAUGCUUUAUUACAUGGAGUUAUUAUAAAGUGCUACCAAAGUUUAAAAUGUCCUGCAUUGCAGGAAAGUUCUCCUGCAGCAAGGUGAUCAAAUUAAGAUCCUACAUCUGUAUGUGUGUGGCAUCAGUACUGAGUGUGUGAGCGUGGGUGCAUGAGUGUGUGUCGUUGUGAGUAUGUGUGAAUGAGAAGAGUGUCAGUGUAGGUGUGUGUGCCUGAGUGGUAGAGACCUGUGGUUGAGCAUAGAGACAGAGCAGGUAGUCAGUGCGAAAAGUCUGGAAAAGAGGGAGGGCAGGGGUAGUUAACUAUUCAACAGUCUUAUGGCCUGGGGAAAGAAGCUGUCUCAGAGCCUGUUGGUACGAGACCCGGUGCUCCGGUACCGCCUAUCAGACGGGAGCAGGGAGGACAGUCCAUGGCUCGGGUGGCUGGAGUCUUUGGCAAUUUUUCGGGCCUUUCUCAGACACCUCCUGGCAAUAAAAACUGUAUAUUUAUUUUCCAUUGUCUUUAUUGUGUCCACCUUUAGGCUCCAACACUACCCUUAGUGAUGUGUCCCUGGACAUGCUCAUCCCCUCUCAGAGUAAUAUGACCAGCUACUUCCGCUACCAGGGCUCUCUCACCACACCCGCCUGUGCAGAAGCUGUCGUCUGGACGAUGUUUGAAAAUACAAUUCCUCUCAGCAGGCAACAGGUGCUUUACAGAAUCACCUUUGACAUUAUACUGUACCUCAUCUAUGUCACCUUUAUACCUGACAGUAUACCUGUACAAUCAUACAAUUACCUGCUGUCAGGAAAUGUGCUAGAAUUGUAGGAAGAAUUGUAGGGGCCUUGCUUAGACCUUGUGGGGGGCCAGCGAAACUGUUGUGAGCCACUGUUCUAACAUGUUUUAAUCUUUGUGUCUUACAGCUUGCUGCAUUUUCUCAGCUUCAGUUUGAUGAUGGAAAGCCUAUGGUGGGAACCCAUCGCCCAGUCCAGCUGUUGAAUGGUCGCCAGGUGUAUCGCUCUGGAAGUCAAGUUGUCUUAGUCAGCACUCUGCUACUCAUCACCUCUGUGAUAUCAGCCAUUGGACUCCCACUGCCCAACUAAAUACCAGGACCUUUGGAUUUGGGGAUCAGUGAGUUAGAGAGUGCCCACUAUUGUCAAAAUCUCUAAUGCUUGCAUUUCGCUUUGCUAUGCAGUUGUUCUCUUUCAAGUUCACUUUACUUGCCAAAUUAUAGUUGAUACAGUUUAUUCAAGGGGGUAAUGUGUUUAAGGACACAGCAUAAAUAAUGCACAUUUUAUCUAUUUUUUGUUAUGUAUUGAAAUAAUACUUGAGAGGGCAUUGAGCCAAACAUUGUUAUUACCCUCUUAUUGCCUUUUUUUUCACAUCAUUAUUGUUCAUAUUAAAUUCACCUCAUAAACGUCCUAUUGUUAUUGAACGGUCUAUGUCAUUUUGUGACCUGUACUUUCCACAGAACCAGCAACACAACUGGUG